CGUCAGGUGCAGUCAUGGAGGCGGAGGAGGCCGAUGUGGAUGUGGAAGGAGAUGUGGCGGCGGCAGCACAGCCGGGAAAUGAUGAAAGUCCAGGAUCAGUUUUCCAAGAUCACUAUCUUGAUUCAACGUGGAGAAGGGAAAAUGGCUGUCUUCCUUGGACUCUGGACAGCACCAUCAGUGAUGAGAACAGAGCUAUCAUUGAGAAAAUGCUGUUGGAAGAACAGUAUUAUUUAUCUAAUAAAUCACUUCCAAGAAAAUUCUGGGUUAAUCAAAAGGAGGAUGAUAAAAAAUACACGAACAGCCUGCAGAAAUCAUCAAAAACCAUGGUACAUUCUCCUGCAAAACAAGCCAGCUACUCAGUAAAGUGGACGAUAGAAGAGAAAGAGCUGUUUGAACAAGGACUGGCUAAAUUUGGCCGAAGAUGGACCAAAAUUGCAACACUACUUAAAAGUCGCACAGUUUUACAAGUGAAGAGUUAUGCCAGACAGUACUUUAAAAAUAAGGUAAAGUGUGAUGUGGAGAAAGAAACACCAACUCAGAAGAGCAGCGGUGAUCUUCAGGUUAAAAACAAAGAUGACAGGACGAAGGCGUGGGCAGCAGCCUGUUUAAGGGGGCACGCUGAUCCCAGCCUGAAUGCUGUAAAGAUUGAGAACUUAUCUGACGAUGAAGAUGUAGACAUCACAGAUGAGCUGGAUGAGUUGACUUCUCAAACAUCACAGAAUUCUGGCAGCCAUCUUACUUUAGAUGUUCCUAAUAGUAAAAUGUAUACAACCAACCAAGGAGAAUUAUGCCAAGAAGGUUCAUUAGCUAAAUCUUCAGGAGAGUGUCUUCAGAAUGUGAAACAAGGUGAAGCAGAAGCAUGUUCAAGCUCAGAAAUUGCAUUAUGGGCUGAAAAACAGAAUAAUACUGACAAAAACUCAGUCGAAUUAAAUGAGAAAGACAAUAAACUGGUUGAAGAAUACACUAUACACAGAGGAGAAGUAACAGAGGAAGCCAAGCGCUCACCUCCAGAGCCCUGUGAGAGUCAGAAGGACUCAAGUGGGAAUGACAUGCUUUUGCCUCCUUGCCAAAUGGAGGAGGAAAAUCAUGAAGGAGAAGAGCUUAAGCCACCAGAACAAGAAGUAGAAAUAGAUAGAAAUGUCAUUCAAGAAGAAGAAAAGCAAGCAAUUCCUGAGUUUUUUGAGGGGCGCCAAACUAAAACACCAGAACGCUAUUUGAAAAUUAGAAACUACAUUUUGGAUCAAUGGGAAAUAUGCAAACCGAAAUACUUAAAUAAGACCUCAGUACGUCCUGGCCUGAAGAACUGUGGGGAUGUUAAUUGUAUUGGACGGAUUCAUACAUACCUCGAGUUGAUAGGAGCAAUCAAUUUUGGAUGUGAGCAGGCAGUAUAUAACAGGCCACAACCACUUGAUAAAGUACGAGUGACCGACAGAAAAGAUGAGGAAGCAGCAUACCAGCUUGCCUGGCGCCUGCAGUCUAUGCGAACGAGGAGACGCAGGGUCCGAGAUCCAUGGGGAAACUGGUGUGAUGCAAAAGACUUAGAAGGGCAAACAUUUGAGCAUUUGUCUGUGGAGGAGUUGGCAAGAAGGAAAGAAGAAGAAAAGUGCAAACCUAUUAAAUUUUCAAAAGCUUCAAAACUUCCAAAAAGCUCACUUGAUCCUUUCCAACUGAUACCUUGUAAUUUUUUCAGUGAAGAAAAGCAGGAGCCAUUUCAGGUGAAAGUAGCUGCGGAAGCAAUUUUAAUAAUGAAUUUGCAUGCCCACGUGUCGAUGGCUGAGGUGAUUGGGCUUUUAGGAGGAAGAUACUCGGAGGCUGAUAAGAUCCUUGAAGUCUGUGCAGCAGAACCAUGUAACAGUCUGAGUACAGGACUUCAGUGUGAGAUGGAUCCUGUAUCACAAACACAGGCCUCAGAAACCUUGGCUCUGAGAGGCUACAGUGUUAUUGGGUGGUACCAUUCUCAUCCUGCAUUUGAUCCUAAUCCAUCUUUACGAGAUAUUGACACACAAGCCAAAUACCAGAGUUACUUCUCCAGAGGAGGAGCAAAAUUCAUUGGGAUGAUUGUUAGUCCAUAUAAUCGAAGUAAUCCUUUACCAUAUUCCCAGAUAACCUGCUUGGUUAUAAGUGAAGAAGUUAGCCCUGAUGGUACCUAUCGUUUACCUUACAAAUUUGAAGUACAGCAGAUGUUAGAAGAACCUCAGUGGGAAUUAGUGUUUGAAAAGACAAGAUGGAUAAUCGAAAAAUACAGGCUUUCUAAUAGCAGCAUCCCCAUGGAUAGAAUCUUUCGCCGGGAUUCUGACCUAACUUGUCUGCAGAAACUUUUGGAGUGUCUAAGGAAAACACUGAGCAAAGUAGCCAAUUGCUUCAUCGCUGAGGAGUUCUUGACUCAAAUAGAAAAUCUGUUCCUUUCCAAUUACAAAAGCAAGGAAGAGAAUGGACUGGCAGAAGAGAACAGUACAAAGGAAUUGUUCAUGUAAUUAUUUUAAAGUAAGAUGUUCUAAUCUUGGCAUGCUACUGUAAAUAAUUGAGAUUUUAAAGCAAUAUAAAUUACGUAUUUUUUUUUCUUUUAAUCCAUAAAACUCUAAACUUUCCCACAUAGAUAAUGUGAGAAGGAAGAGAGAGCACUUGUUCUCAUAGUGGUAAUCAAGAGUGGUAGAGCCCUGCCUGUGCUAAGUUGUGCAGUGGGCAUGAAAACUUGAGCUCUGCUCUGCCUUACGGUGUGCAGCUUGAUAACUAGGAGAUGGCCGAGCUUGGCUUUUUCCCAGAGGGAGUGUGUUUCUCACUUUGGCAUCUCAUUAGACAUACUUUCUUCCCAUAUGUUCUGGUGGUGAGGUGUGUGUGUGUUAUAUGGAUGUUACAGCCUAGGUGUGGAAUGUUAAUGUGGUUGAGAACUACUGACUAUAAAUCUAACAACAUGCCAAAACAGCAAAAGGGAACAUCCUUAGUAAUGUUGAGACAGGAGACCAAAGGGGAGAAGAACCAAUUUUCAGUCUGCGGUGUCUGCUUCAAUCUUACUGUGUACACUAUACUAUAGGACAGUCAGCCUCCUCAGCGAUUUAAAUGUUUAAAUGAAUUUCACAAGGGAAAUAAUUAGCUCCAACUCUGUCCAAUUGCAGUAGCAUGUGACAAAAUGUCAUUGAACUAGACUUGGUAAUGUCGCCCUUAACCUAACUUUUUUCCCUACUGUCAGGAGAAAAAGAAAAAUGAGUCAGAUGUUGUAAUACAAAAAAAAAAAAAAAAAAUGCCAUCUGGUAUUUUACAUAGCUUAACCCAAUUUCAUGUACUUGCUGAAUACAAAAAGUAAACUUUUUUCAUGUAAAAUUCAAAUUGUUCAUGUAAGUAUUAGUGAAUAUUUCUACUAGCUGGAGAACUGGUGUUUGACCCUGUCCAGGCCUUCUUCUUGGCAACAGUUUUGUUAUAUUGAAACUGAAUGUGAGUUUAGAGUUUUCCUUUUUUGCUGUUGCAGCCAAAGGAGGAGGCAGCACUGGAUGGAGUGACUGCAGUCAUGGUGGCCUGGAUCUGAGUUGGGCAGUGUGGUUUGAAGAAAGGGAGUUUGCUUUCUCUAGCCCAAGUUUGUUUUGUGUAGCCGAGGCUAAUCCAGCCCUGAGUGUUGCUCCUACUCUGAUUUAUCUGCUGGCUUGUUAGGCUGCACCUUUGGAACUUCACUUUAUAAGAUCGUGUAGUUCCAAAAUUAAUGUGUAGUUUUAAAAGAGAACUAGCAGGUUUUCCAUUUCCCUCUGUACAUUUAAUACAAACAAUGAAACAUACUUUGUAAAAUCCUCUUGAAGUCUGGAAGUAUAAGGACUCCAGAGCAAAAAGUCAGGAAUCCUGAGCUCUCAACCUAAUCUGCUCAAACUUUGGUAAGGAACCUCGAUCCACUCUCAGCUCUCUAAACUUUUACCAAUUGAGAUUCAAAGAGCUGAAUUCUAUCACUCGGUGUCUUUUCAAGCACACAAGGCUACAAAAGUUAGUAGCAAUUCAUUCCUUUCUGUUUUCCUUCCUCUUCGUCAGUCUCUUCAUAGGCUGUUGGAACAGACCUGAAAUGGAUGAUAAUUAACUUUCUUGCAAUUUUCCUAGAAUGUUGUUGAAUUUUAAAAAUUUCUUUCUCAAAUCUGGACUUUACACAUGCCAGUGGUUAAGCCUGAGCUAUACAUUGUAAGGACCCAAGGGUGCCAAUAGUCAGAGUGUAGGGCCUUGAGAACAGAAGUUUUUAAGCAACUAUUGAGAAAAUACAACUAUUUUCUGACUGUAGAAUAUAUUUGUAAUUGUCUUAUGAAAUAUUUUUAAAUACAGUGAAAUAUACACAAAGUGCAGAUAUCUCAAACCUACUACUGUUGAGAAAAUAUUUUACAUAGGAAUCAGAUUCUUAACCAGUUUUGGGGUUUUUUUGUUUUGUUUUGUUUU